AUGCCGAGAAAGAUAACACUGGAAAGUGCUAUUGUUUAUAUAAAAUGGAGCUUAGUUCUAUCCCUUUCUUGGCCGUUGCCAAUUACUGCUACAAAAUGGCAAAUAAUCCGCUUUAAGAUAUUAGCCGUUUUAAGUCAUAUAAAUAUAGUGUGUUUUUUGGUGCCAUUGCUCAUACUUAUUCAAGAUUGCAGUGACCAACGUGUAGUUUGCAUUCAAUCAUAUCCAUUGAUCUGUGGUUGUUUCCAUUUUUGGAUGUCAGUGGGAAUUUGUCAUAUUCAGUACAAACGUUUCCAAUCAUUGAUUGCUGAGAUGGAAAGUUACUGUAAACAUGCUACAGAUUACGAGAAAACUGUUUUGCAACAAUAUGUCGACAGAUGCGCGACAUUUUAUGCUGUGGUGAUGAUAUCAUUUUAUUCGACAACAUGUGUAGCCAUAAGCGCACCAUUGUUCACAUCCGCGCCUUUUCCAACUUAUGCUAAAUAUCCGUUUGAUGUAAAUUAUCAACCGCUAAAAACUAUUAUUUAUGCGCAGCAAAGUUUAAGUGGCCUACAGUUCUCGUCAAUGUUGUGCGUCAGUUUGCUCGUUGCACUUUUACUUUGGUUUACGACAGCUAGGUUCGACAUAUUAUGCAACGAAUUACGAAAGGCGUUAACUGUUUACGAAUUGAUACAGUGCAUUCAGAAACACCAGCAAUUGCUACGAUACGCUAACGAUGUUAUUGAAAAUGUUCGUUUUCUGGUUUUGACAGUAGUAGGGGCUAAUGCAAUAUCCGUAAUAUGUACCGGUGCCAUUUUUGCCACUCGACAACCAUUAAUUAUCAACGUACAGUUUUUUUUGAUGACUGUCAUCAGUUUUUGUGAUGUGUUUACGUGUUGUUGGCCCGCCGACAGUCUGUUAACUGCAAGUUCGGACAUUGCCCAAGCGACUUAUGAAUCUCUAUGGUAUUAUCAUAAUACAGACAAGCAAAAGAAUUUGAUUUUCAUUCUAUUAAAAUGCCGGAAACCAGUUAUUCUUACUGUCGGUUGCUUCAUACCAAUUUUAUCAUUAAGAUACUUUAGUUCGGGAGAACAACAGGUCUAA